UUUAGAUAAAAUAUGUAAUCAAUAACAUAAAGUAACAUAAAAACUUUUACUAAAUUAACAAUGACUACGUCUCCUACCAGAACAAAACAGAAAUUGUCUUUGCGGAAACGGUUAUUCGUAAAAAAGUCUCCUCGAGUCGGUUGCUAUGUUGAUACAGAAUCAAACGAUGAAUUUUCUCAGUCCACGUCUCGGCCCAUAUCGCCCGCGGAUCCUUUUUUAGCUCAAAGUGCGCAGCAUAUCGAAACCAGUGUAGAAGCGAUAGAUAAUCAACGAAAUGCUAGUGCUGAACCACUUUCCCAGAAUAGUAGUCACGGUGUCAGUCACAACCAAAGAGAAGAGGAGAUCAACCCUAAAUGCUGCCGUACCUUCUUUAGAAGAUCUCGACCCAAGAGCUUAGUAGAUGGAGGUCAUUCCAAAGAUGAACAGUGUCCAGAUACAUCCAGAGGUUGCAGUCCAGUAUCGAAUUCUAUUAAUAGUUUAAGUGACCAAACUAUUUCUCAAACGAAAUCAGACGAAAUACCCAAAGCAACUAUCAAAUUUCCUAAAAGUGAUGAUUCAAAAAAGAGCUUUGAACAUUCUGGUUCAUUUGAGGGCAUCAAAACAAAAAAUAAACUCUUUGUCAAACGUUUAUCAGCUGAUCAUCUGAUUUCUACUGAAAGCAAACCACUAUUUCGUUCUUCAUCUCCCGAGAGUGAUAGGAGUAGUUCUCUAGAUCGUAAAAGAAGAAGUAAAUCAACAAUAACCCGGUCUGCUUCUCGUGCGGGUAGCACUGAUAGCUUAGCACGUAACUCUUUGCUUGCUGCACAGGUGCUACGCCUCAUACCCACACAAGAAGCUCGUGAAAGAAAUUACCUUUAUGGUAGACUUGCCUCACAUUCACUCCUUGGCGCAGCUGAACUGGAACAUGUUUUUCCUGAUAGAGAAGUCAAGAUAUUUGUUGGCUCAUGGAACAUGAAUGGGCAAGCACCGCCAAGAGAGUUAGCUGAUUUUAUAUUUCCCGACCAAAUUAAACAUGUGCCAGACGUGUUUGCUAUAGGAACUCAAGAGUCAUACUCAGAACGUACUGAAUGGGAGAUAACCAUACAGGAGCUUUUGGGACCAUCUCAUUUGUUACUACAUUCAUAUUAUCUAGGUACAAUACAUCUUGCGAUAUUCAUCCGGAGAGACUUAAUCUGGUUCUGCUCUCUGCCCGAAGACGCCAGUUUGUCGGUCCGUCCCGGGACAGCGUUUCGUACGAAGGGCGCCGUAGCGAUCUCCUUCGCUCUAUUCGGAUCGACCUUUCUGUUCGUGACCGCCCAUUUGACGGCGCACCAAGAGAAGGUCAAAGAAAGGGUUUCGGAUAUAAAGAGAAUCAUCAGAGCUAUUGAUUUACCGAAGAACUUACCGUGUCGUCACAAGAGUAAAGAUGUCACGAAUAAUUUCGACUACGUGUUUUGGUGUGGGGAUCUUAAUUUUAGACUGGGCGAGCCGAGAGCAGCGGUGCUGAGAUGGAUCGAACAAACUCAGUUUCCUUUGCCUCCGUACUUACCUCAUGGGCUUUUGCACGCCGACCAACUGACAGCCGUAUUAGAGGACGGCGCUGCAUUCAGGGACUUCAGAGAGGCCCCGAUAACAUUUCCUCCUACUUACAAGUACGAUCCCGGAAGUCAACAAUUCGACACGUCGAGCAAACAGAGGGCGCCAGCGUACACGGACCGGAUACUGUAUAAAUCGAGAACCAUGGCCAAUAACUCUACCUCGGCCUUUUCAGGUCUUCGUCGCAUCAGCGCGGUCCCGGUGUCGUCAGGCGUGAAGUGUCUCGCGUACAACUCUGUGCAGUCGGUGUGCACGAGCGACCACAAACCGGUCUGGGCUUUGUUCUCCACGACGCUGCGUCCCGGCACCGAUGUAGUGCCAUUAGCUGCUGGCUUAUUCAAUCGUGAAGUUUACCUGGAAGGUAUAAAACGCCGGCGGGCACUCCUCGACCACGCCCCCGGUACGUCAGCCGUUUGCAACGUACAAUAAUAAACAUUUGAAAUUAUAGUGAUGGGAAUAGUAUCCUAUCGAUAAUUG